UCAUAUGUGUUAACGUUGUUCAUUCCAACAAAUAGAUGUGGGGUUUUUGUGUGUGUGGUUCCUCAUAAUAAAUGUGUUUUAUAAUAUUUACCUAUGCGUAACAUUUCAGUUUUCUCACCAUACGCACGUGGGUGGUGACGUUUUUAACUAGUUUACGCACUCCUUAUACGCUCUUGACAUUUCUUGUAGUACUCAGAUCUACAUUUUCUGGGUGUUUAUAUAGGGGAGAGUACACGUUUCCCAUAUGCUCCUUGAUAUACGCAAAUGUAUACAAAUGCCUUUUCUUGCAACUUUUUAGUAUACGCAACUGAUAUAUGCACACGUACAACCAUCAUUGUAACUUCGUGGUAGACGCACAUGUACUUCCUACCAUGCAUACAUAAUUUCUACGCACUGCCCCGCUUCUUGCUGGUAUACUGUAUACACACACAUGUGUACGCGCCUUUCUGUGCCACUUCCUGGUAUACGUACACACAUACGCCCCUCACGUGCGUGUGUAGGGGUGUGUGAGGAGGUGUGUAGAGUCAGCUGGGGUUUACUGGCUUAAGGGGAAACCUUUCAUUGACCUGUAAUUGGGUAAGGAAUGUUCUUACUGUGUCACGUCUUCCCGCGUCCCCACACCCUGUGACCAUUACCUUCACCCCCUCCCCUCCCCCGCCUCACACCCAGUACUUGGUGCACCAAUACAAGAAAAAAUGGAUGGUGUUGUGUUACAGAAUGUGUUUCUCUUUUCAACUUGUUUUUUUUACGUAACAGCGCAGGAAUAUAUAUUGUACUGGUGACGGACUACCAAAUUGUACUCUUAAGUGUUACGGUUGUUAUUGUAUGUGAACCCAAGGUGUAGUGAGUGAGGCUGGCGAGCUCAUGUUGCUAGGGCGGCGCUCUGCUGCUGCUGUUGGCUCGCUGCUCUCUACUGCUGCCUCGAACUGUACUGGCGUAUCAGGCGGCAGAUGGCGCGCCUGAGGGAGCCACCUGCCAGAGCCUGGUGGUGGAAGGUGGUGGUGGCAGCUUCAGCCAGCAGCAGGUCUUGAGGUGUAGUAACUCUCUGAUGGAAGGUUCAUGAGACGCAGCGAAUCGCUCAUCAGCUUUAAGCACACGCGGGCGGUGUUAGAAGCGUGGACGUGUUGUGGCGGUGCGCGUGGUGGUGUGCGCGGCGCGGGGGACACCACACUGCUGUCUUCCAGGCCCUCCCCCACGCCCCCCAGCCAUGCCCGUCGAUCCCGCCCACCACCGCCUCCUUCAUGGGCGGGGGACACGCUCAUUCUCCAACUUCACCCGAUACACACAGCUUUCGUCGACGGAGGAGAGCGGUAGUACUGGUUCGACUCCGAGUAACAGUCCUAGCGUGACGCCCGGCAGCCGCGCGCCACGUGGUGUCAACACUGAGGUGCGGCUCUCGGAGGGAGGCCGCCCAGCCGUCCACGUGAGACAGCAGGGUGGACGCUCGCCCGUAGCUCGCCCUUGUCACAGGCUACGCAACGCCAACACGGGUCCGGGCCAGACCCGCUACACCAAGCUCGGCUCAGUAAGUGAGGAGGGACCUUCAGGGGGCCCGCGGAACGGAGGUAGUGGGAUACUGCGCGCUGUCACCUCCCGCGGCCGUGGCUAUGAGGACCUCCGGUGUCGGGGCGCUGGAGGGGAUGCCCCGGAUAGUGGUGACAGCUCCGCCCACUCCUCCCCGCGGGGCUCACCUCCAAAUGGACGCAAGAAGACCUCCGGCAUCCUCAUAACUUCCGCUCUUGCUCGCUCAGGCAUCAAGCGGCUCUCCAGAGUAUCGUUUGGGUCGAGCAAGGGGUCGAUGGUGGAGACCCUCAUCUAUGACUCUCCGGUGGCCGAGGAGGAGAGAAUACCUGAAGAAGAAGCUCCUUUCAGAGAUCCCGUCUCGCAAAAGUUUGGUCAAAAGAUGAAAAUUAAGGUACGAUUAAGUGAUAAUUUAGAACCAGAAUACUUUGUAGUCGACACAUAUAUACUGCUGCAGACAUCAUCUGUAUUUAAUGUUUUGAUGGUCACACUUAAGAAACGGGAAAGUAUUUUAGAGACAGUGAAUUAG